UGAUCUUAAAUGUUAAAUUAAGAAGCUGAGAGAGUUUGACCCAUCUUCCCCUCCAUCCAACACACAAACAACCACACAAAAACACAAAAGAGCAACAAAGCAAGCAACACACACUCCACUCCCCCAGAGUGACACAGCCAUCGGACCCAAAACCCUGUAAGACACACACACAAUGCCAUUUCAGCAAUGACCACCAAACCCACCACCACCUUCUCUCACCACCAAUGUCUUCCUCUUCCUCCUCCGCCUGAUGAUACCACCACCACCUCCAGUCUCACCCAUCUGAUCGACUCCGAGCCCAACCACAUGCCCUCCCCAUCCUACAUCUCCAGGUUCCGCGACCGUACGAUCGACCUCACCGCCCGCCAGGACUCCAUCAACUGGAUCUUAAAAGUCCACGCCCACCACCGCUUCUCCCCCCUCACCGCCUUCCUCUCCGUCAACUACUUCGACCGCUUUCUCUCCUCCCACUCCCUCCCGCGACACAGCGGCGUCAGCUGCGUCCGUCGCCUGUGGUAG